CCUGGCUGUGGUGUGGCGCCUUUUUGACGAUUUGGACAACAUGGCGUCGGAAGGAGACAAUGAUUCACAGCAGAGAAGGAGGAAGCGCCGAGACACCGAGGAGCUGGAAAAAACGGAGCUCAGCGAAAGGGAGCUGACAGGGGCGGUGACCCAAGAGAACGAAGAGGAGAAUGAGGAGCGCUGGGUUGGGCCAUUACCUGUAGAGGCAACAUUGGCCAAGAAGAGGAAAGUUCUUGAGUUUGAACGAGUCUAUCUUGACAAUCUUCCCAGUGCAUCCAUGUAUGAGCGCAGUUACAUGCAUAGAGAUGUUAUCACCCAUGUGGUGUGCACCAAGACAGAUUUUAUUAUUACUGCCAGUCAUGAUGGACAUGUUAAGUUCUGGAAAAAAAUAGAAGAGGGGAUUGAAUUUGUUAAACAUUUUCGUAGUCACCUGGGAGUUAUUGAGAGUAUUGCAGUUAGCUCUGAGGGAGCAUUGUUCUGUUCUGUGGGUGACGAUAAAGCAUUGAAGGUGUUUGAUGUAGUGAAUUUUGACAUGAUCAAUAUGCUGAAGCUUGGCUAUUUUCCUGGACAAUGUGAGUGGAUCUAUUGCCCAGGGGAUGCUAUAUCAUCAGUUGCUGCUUCUGAAAAAAGUACAGGAAAAAUUUUCAUUUACGACGGUCGAGGAGAUAACCAACCACUUCAUAUUUUUGAUAAGCUCCAUACAUCACCUCUUACUCAAAUACGGCUAAACCCAGUUUACAAAGCAGUAGUGUCUUCUGACAAGUCUGGAAUGAUUGAAUACUGGACUGGACCCCCCCAUGAAUAUAAAUUCCCCAAAAAUUUGAACUGGGAAUAUAAAACUGACACAGAUUUAUAUGAAUUUGCCAAGUGCAAGGCAUAUCCAACCAGCAUAUGUUUUUCACCUGAUGGAAAGAAAAUAGCUACUAUUGGUUCCGAUAGAAAAGUUAGAAUUUUCAGAUUUCUAACUGGAAAACUCAUGAGAGUCUUUGAUGAAUCUCUAAGUAUGUUUACUGAACUGCAGCAGAUGAGGCAACAGCUACCAGACAUGGAAUUUGGCCGGCGAAUGGCUGUAGAACGUGAGUUGGAGAAGGUGGAUGCAGUAAGAUUAAUUAAUAUAAUUUUUGAUGAAACUGGACACUUCGUGUUAUAUGGAACAAUGCUGGGCAUUAAAGUUAUAAAUGUAGAAACAAACCGGUGUGUGCGGAUCUUAGGCAAACAGGAAAAUAUUAGAGUGAUGCAAUUGGCUUUGUUCCAGGGAAUAGCCAAAAAACAUCGCGCUGCAACUACUAUAGAAAUGAAAGCUUCUGAAAAUCCUGUGCUUCAGAAUAUCCAACCUGACCCAACAAUAGUCUGUACAUCUUUCAAGAAGAAUAGAUUUUAUAUGUUUACCAAAAGAGAACCAGAAGAUACGAAAAGUGCAGAUUCUGACCGAGAUGUUUUUAAUGAGAAACCUUCUAAAGAAGAAGUCAUGGCAGCUACUCAAGCUGAAGGGCCUAAGAGAGUUUCCGAUAGUGCCAUCAUCCACACGAGCAUGGGAGACAUUCACAUCAAACUUUUCCCUGUCGAGUGCCCCAAAACUGUGGAAAACUUCUGUGUUCACAGCAGAAAUGGAUAUUAUAAUGGUCAUACAUUUCACCGUAUAAUAAAGGGCUUCAUGAUUCAGACAGGAGAUCCGACAGGCACUGGCAUGGGAGGAGAAAGUAUAUGGGGAGGAGAAUUCGAAGACGAAUUUCAUUCAACGUUACGACACGACAGACCAUAUACACUCAGCAUGGCCAACGCAGGAUCAAAUACUAAUGGAUCCCAGUUUUUCAUAACAGUAGUGCCAACUCCUUGGCUUGAUAACAAACACACAGUAUUUGGACGAGUGACUAAAGGAAUGGAAGUUGUACAGAGGAUCUCCAAUGUCAAAGUCAACCCCAAAACAGAUAAGCCCUAUGAGGAUGUCAGCAUCAUAAACAUUACUGUCAAAUAAGAGUUGUUUUAUUGUAUGUUUAAAUAAAAAUAUACAUGUAUUUAAAAGGACUCUUACAUUAAGAAGCUCUUAAGAUUUGCAGGACUUACAAAGUAUAUUUCAAGAAUGUAGUUUUCUAUUUUUUUACUUUUCAUUAAAGUCCUUAAAAACUGC